AUGGAUAACAGUCCGGAAUCCUCAGUUGAGCCCCCGAGGCAAGAUGCUCAAAACUCCCGUCCACCGCACAGACGAGUAGGCUCCGAUGAGACGGAACGGCCACACUCAGCUCAGCAAACCCAACACGAUACCGACAAUCACAUCAGUGAAACCAGCGAGGAAGAAUCCGACCAGGAUGAUUCAGACCCGGCGCACAGAAUCGACGACUUUGACUGGGAGGACCUGCAUCAUCGGUACCACGAGGCUAUGAAGGUUUGCCACGGUGAGGAAGCAGCGUUGAUGGAGGAAUGGGAAAGCCUCAUGACUUACUUCCGCAUAUGGGCGCAGUCAGGACAUGAGCAUGAGACGGAUCGUACAUAUUCAAGACUCUGUACGCGCACGGCCUACGUCCAACACUCGGAAGAUACACUUCAGCAGAAGAGAAAUCACUACAUCAGCGUAGUGAGGGCUUUUGAAAGUGCGCUCAACCUUCUCAAAGCCAGUGGCCUGGGGCGCUGAUGCUCAUCACCUUAGAUGACAUCUAUCUCGCCCAUCAUCCACCUCAAUCGGCAGUCU